GAAUGACAAGGAGCGCGAAUAGCGACCUGGCGCGAAUGUUCAACUGACAACUGCCUGUAGCUUUUGCCUAUCGUCCAUACCGAAUGUUAGACACUGCAGAUGAACCUGUUUCGACCGCGAAUAGUUCUCCCAAAAAUAUGGACAAACUAAAAUUACCAUUUAGAAACUAUGAAACCUCUUCAUCUUCAGAGAUUUCGUCUGACAGUGAGCCCGAAUUAAUUGAAAGAUCUGUAAUCCAGAAACCCAAGGAUCCAGCCUUUUUAAUUCCACCCGACUAUACCUUACAGUCAGUGGAAGAUUUGGCUGCAGAUAUAAAAGUUUCGUUACUCGGAAAAAUAUCUCAAGUUUUUGAUAAAUACGGUAAACUUUUGUUGCUUGCAUCAGUCUUAAAAUUCAUAUGUUUAAAUGAUAAUGUGAUACCAAACAUUGUGUUCAGUAAUUGCAAACAGAUUUUUUCAAUAUGAACUGCGCAAAUGACAUGCUACUAAUUUGAUUUCGGAUGUGUAAAUAUAUGAUUAUGGUCUACUGAGUUCAUAUGAUACUGUCUCGUCGAAAGUUUUAUGGAUCGUUUCCGUGCGUACAAUAGUGCUAAUUGUGUCACAAAAGUGUGUGGAAUACAUGAACAAUUUUAAGAGUAAUCAAUUUUCCCCCAAUUUAUCUCAAAGAUUUAUUUUACUGUUACAUUGUACCUAAUUCACUUUACUUUUCAGUUGUCAUCCGUUCGAUUAAUUCGGCAGUUGUACUGAAUGAGCGAUCUGUGCUUUUUCUGGAAGACGGCAAGCAUCUGGGUGAGGUUUAUGAAACAUUUGGCCCAGUACGUACUCCAUUUUAUCUGGUGAUCCUUUCCAAAUCAUUUUGUGUACCCGAGUUAAGAAAUGAUCGGAUCUCAGGUUCACGCAAUUAUACAAUUUCAAAAUCAACGAACUAUUCUGAAAAUUUGGAACCUCAAACACCAAUUGAAUCAGUUACUAAUACUCAACUUGAUAAUGACAAUUCACUUAAUGAUAGCAGCAGUCAGAAUCCUUGUGAAAUUGAAAUACCAAUUACUGACAACAGUGAUGCUAUCAAUUAUGAAGAAAAGAUAAAAGUUAAUCAUUCAUUGAAAGAAAUAUCCGUGUUCUAUGCACCCGAUAUACCUGAACUCACUAUUCCUGUCUUUUACAACCAAUUAAUUGCUAGUAACACCAAAGGAUCAGAUGCAUCUUGGGUAGGCGAUACGGAACCACCUCCUGAGGCACUGGAAUUUUCAGACGAUGAACGAGAAAAACUGUAUAAACGCGCGUUAAAGAUGAAACGAAAAUCACAGACACCAGAACCAACAAACUCAACCCAAAUGUUAAGCCGGCCAAAGAAACAUGAUAAGCGGCAUAGUAAACCAUCAUUUGCUGUAAAGAAACAUCAAACUGCAUUUGCGUCGAGCGUUCAACCCGUAGAUCGUGCCUGUGGAUAUUCACUUCAACAACAAUCCUGUAGCCUAAGACCUUGCUUGCCCAUCCAAUCACCAAAUCACUGGAAUAUGUAUCCUAGCGUUCAACCUCAAUGGCAAAAUCCGACUUAUGGUCACAGCACCUGGCCUUCCGUACCUUCAUACCAUCCGACAGUACAGAAUCCUUACCCAUAUGUACCGCGAAACCCAGUGCCGCCACAUCCAUUUUCAUAUCAUUAUGCUCUCCCUGAAGAACCUUACCAACAGAAUUCGUGGUCACCGUAUGCUCCAUCGUGAUUACAAAAUUAUUCAACGUUUCAUAAACCAUUUAUGCACAAAAUAUAAAUAUAUAAGUAUAUAGCGAUUAAGUGAUCUUUUUUAUUAUCAUAUACCAAAUAUUAUUUUACUACCAUCUUAUAGUUUUUAAGCUUGACUGUACACAAGCGUAGUUUAUACAAUAGUAGCACCUGAAAUCUACCUUAGUACUCAGGUGUAUACAUGUUGGGGACGUUAGAUCCCCAGAACUCACUUGUGAAAGGACCUAAUUUUGUAACUUUAUUUAGAAAAUUUGAAUUUCUUUGUUUCCGCGCCAAAGACGCUCUUGUCACUAUGUCGUAUUUCCCACUGGGAAAUAUCUUGAAUGCUAUCGGUCCGUUGCGUCUUUUAGUAUGCUAUUUGG